AUGUUCAAGUAUUUGUUACUCGCACUUGCAAUCUCCCUCCCCGUCUUUUCUAAGGCUUUGGAUGAUUCCUGCCCGUGUGCCUUAGCCCGGGCUGUCGCCGUCUUAAAAGGACCAUCUAUAGUAACUGGAACUGUCAUAUUCACCCAAUGCGCAUGCGACAAGGACGGCUCCGAGCCAGUUCAUGUGGAGGGGCGUAUCCAAGGCCUCACUCCUAAUGCACUGCGAGGGUUCCAUGUCCACCAAUAUGGGAACCUCACAGAUGGCUGCACGUCUGCAGGAGAACAUUGGAAUCCCUUCAACGCCACGCAUGGAGGUCUCAAGGCUCCCAUAAAUAAGAGACACGCAGGCGACCUCGGAAAUAUUGAGUCUAAUGGAAACGGUGUAGCGGUUUUCGACAUAGCUAAUGAUCUCAUGACACUCAAAGGACCACUGAGCAUCGUUGGCCGUACCAUUGUCGUUCAUGCGGGUACGGAUGACUUGGGCAAAGGCAAUGCUACGUCGCUUAUAAAUGGCAAUUCGGGUGCCAGAUCCGCAUGCGGGGUCAUUGCUAUUGGUACAAAGGAUUGA